UAACUCCUCUAGUAGUAGUAAUCCCAGAGAUAUUGUUUUCUCAGUUGACCUGACCUCCUCUUCUCCUCUCUCUGUUCUUCCCCUUCCAUUAUCAAAGCAUGGAGAGGAAUCACUCCGUCAAAAAACUCGAUCUUAAAUGGACCUCCGACGAUCAAAUCAGUAGUUUGGGGCAGGCAAAGUCCUACGCCUGUACCUUCUGCAAGCGAGGCUUCUCGAAUGCACAAGCUCUUGGGGGACACAUGAACAUUCAUCGAAGAGAUCGAGCCCGGAUCAGACAGUACUCGGAAGAUCAAAACCAACUCUCUACGGAUGAGGUGACAAACUCGUCAACUGCUGCUCAUCAUGAUCCUCCUCGUGCUAAUAAUUCCGAACAGAAAACUUCGUCACACUUGGAAUUGAAGGGAACCAACAUGAUCCUAAGAAAGCCUUCAUACCCUUUCAGUACUAGAUCAGAAGAUCAUGAAAUUGUGGUUCGUUCCAAGGGAAAAAUGGGUAGUUCGGAAGAUGUUCAACAACAGCUUCAGCUUCCUUUCUUUCUCGAAGAACCAGUAUUAGCAAGUGACAAUUUAGCAGGUCAUACAAAUGGCUGUGGAGAAGUUGAGGAGUUGGACUUGGAGCUCCGCUUAGGAUCCGAGCCACCCGAGAGUCCGAGACAACUUUGAGCACAAGGAAAUCUUUUAAGCGAAUCUGCAGUGAUUUAGACACGCGGAUUGGACUAUUUACAAGGAAAAGAGCAAGGUUUAGUUUUUUCACCCACCAUCUUCUACCCAUAUUAUUGGACGUACGGGACAAUAAAUUGAACAGUCAUAUACUAUUGAUGUUGUUUGUACUUCUUGCUGGUACGUUGUUGUUUGUAAUUCUUGCUGCUAUCGCCGCUCGCUUUGUGAUUAAUUCUUUGUAACUUUUUCGCUUUUCUUGUUUUGUGGGUUUUGUUUUGGUUGUCUAAGUAGUGUUAUAUAUCUAUAAAAGAGACUUAGAGGUAAUUUCUUAACUCUUUAGCAGAAUCCUUGUGUGAUAAGGAUGUACUUUGAUAUUUUUUUUUUGGACGAAAUGUACUUGGGUGU